AUGUCGAUCAAAUACAACGAGAAAAACUACCCGUACAUCGAUCUCGGACGGGGCUACAUCAUCUAUCUGCAGGAUGAUGACUACACCGAGCAGCGUUGGGUCGUGAAGGCAGAACAGGAGCUGAACGAAACGCCGGAAAACAAGGCUCGCUCGCUGGAACAGCUCCGGGAGCUGUUGCGAGGCGAAAAGAAGCUUACCGUACCGCUGGACGAUGAAAAGUUCCUGCUCAAGUUCCUGCGCCCGAUGGCGUACGAUGUGCAGAAGGCGUUCGACUGCAUCCGGCAUACGUUCGCGAUGAAGCGCAGCUACGGCAAGGAUUACUACGAAGGUCGUAUCAAACCAUCGCACAUACGGCACAUCUACGACUCCGGCAUGGUGAACUUCCUGCCGCUGCGUGACGACGACGGAUGUGGCAUUUGCGUGACCCAGCUCGGACGUAAAUGGAACACUUCGAAGGUAUCGAUGUACGACGUCGUAGCUUUGUUCCGCAUCAACAUCGAAGCCUCGCUGAUGGAUCCGCUCGUGCAGGUGAACGGGAUUCGUAUCAUCUUCGACUUUGAGGGCCUUUCGAUGUCGCACGUGGCGCAGGCCUCGCCGAAGCACGCGAUGGUGAGUCUGCAGUGGAUCCAGAAGUGUUGCCCGCUGCAGCUGAAGAGCAUCCACAUCAUCAACAACUCGAUGCUGUUCAACGUGCUGUUUACCAUCUUCAAGCCGUUCAUCUCGAAGGACCUGCGGGACAAGAUGCACUUCCACAACCGUGACUUUAGCUCGCUGACCAAAUGCAUCAGCCCGAAGUGUUUGCCGCCCGCGUACGGUGGUACGCUCGAUGCGCCCGAGUGCGAAGGUCAGCUGCUCGGCGACUUUAUGCAGCUGUACGAUAAGCACUACGAAACAAUGGACGCGUUUGGGUAUGACGAGAGUAACUGA